UGAGGGGUUAUUGGGCUGGAAAUAUUUCUUGGACCUGGCAACCCUGCCAGUGGGGGCAAUGUACCUUAAAAACCACCAGACAGAUCUUAGAACAGAUAACUUCAUCCUCCAUCACGAGUUAUGGCUACUGCAGCUAGACUUGCGUCGGACACUGGAGGACGGAGGGAUACGUGCACCCUUCUCAGUACUCAGUACCCUAUCGUGACGCGCAAAGCCUAUUGCUUUAGGCUUCAAGUUAACACCAGUCAUGCAGAGGAGAAGGAACACAAUGGAGAACCCCUUACACUAUUCAUCUCAAAGCCAACCUCACGGAUGGAUUAAAGUCUCAGAUAUGAGUGGACCUCCAGGUCACUGGUUGUCAUGUGGUCAACCAUGUGCUGAACAUGCUGUGUGGAACCCCAAGUUCUGUGUGGUCACUGACUAUCAGAUGCUGCUGCUGGAUAAGGAAGAGAUCCACCCUCUGCUCCUGCAGGAGAAGAGGAGUGACACCUGCCGAUCCAGACUGCUCCGCCGCACCAUCAGUGUUCCCGUGGAGACGCAGUUUCCUGAGUUUCAAUGGCACCUGUCAGUGGACAACAAUUCUCCACCUGAGAGAACAGGGCGGAGACGUAGCAUGCCAGGCUCCGCCCCUGAGAAAGCCCCACCCACAAUGGAGCCUUCUGUUGCCGCUGCUGCCACACCCUUCAGGGUCACGGGAUUUUUGAGUCGAAGGUUAAAAGGCUCAAUAAAGAGGACGAAGAGUCAACCUAAACUGGAUAGGAACAGCAGUUUCAGACACAUUCUGCCAGGCUUCAGACCUGUGGACAACGACAGGUCUCAUCUGAUGCCCAGGCUGAAGGAGUCGCGCUCACACGAAUCUUUGCUCAGUCCCAGCAGUGCAGUUGAAGCUCUGGACCUCAGCAUGGAGGAGGAGGUCCUCAUUAAACCAGUACACAGCUCCAUUCUCGGGCAGGAUUACUGCUUUGAGGUGAGCACCUCCACAGGUAGUAAGUGCUUUUCUUGUCGUUCGUCCGCCGAGAGAGACAAAUGGAUGGAAAAUCUGCGCCGAGCGAUUCACCCUAACAAGGACAACAGUAGACGGGUAGAGAACUCGAUUCGGCUUUGGAUCAUCGAAGCCAAGGACCUUCCGGCCAAGAAAAAGUACUUCUGCGAACUCUGCCUGGAUGACGCCCUAUACGCCCGCACGACCUGCAAACUCAAGACAGAUAAUGUAUUCUGGGGCGAACACUUUGAGUUCAAUAACCUCCCUGCCAUACAAAACAUCACCGUCCACCUCUACAGGGAUUCGGACAAAAAAAAGAAAAAGGACAAAAAUAACUAUGUGGGACUGGUGAGCAUUCCAGUCGUGAGCGUCACAAGUAGACAGCUGGUUGAGAAAUGGUACCCGGUUAGCCAACCCAAUCCGGGUAAAGGGAAAACGGCGGGCCCCAUGAUCCGCAUCAAAGCCCGGUACCAGAGUAUGAACAUCCUGCCCAUGGAGCUCUAUAAAGAAUUUGCUGAAUACACCACCAACAACUACAUGCUGCUGUGCUCUGUGCUGGAGCCAGCCAUCAGCGUCAAGAACAAAGAAGAAAUGGCCUGUGCCCUCGUGCACAUCCUGCAAAGCACCGGGAAAGCUAAGGACUUUCUGACGGACCUGAUGAUGUCAGAGGUGGAUCGGUGCGGUGAGAAUGAACACCUUAUAUUCAGAGAGAACACGCUGGGCACUAAAGCCAUCGAGGAGUACCUCAAACUGGUCGGGCAGAAGUACCUGCAGGAUGCGCUGGGGGAGUUUAUAAAGGCUCUAUAUGAGUCUGAUGAGAACUGUGAGGUGGACCCAUCGAAAUGUUCAUCUAGUGAUCUAUCUGAACAUCAGAGCAACCUCAGAAUGUGUUGUGAGCUGGCCUUCUGCAAGAUCAUCGAAUCAUACCGUGUGUUUCCACGGGAACUUAAGGAGGUAUUUGCAUCUUGGAGGCAGGAAUGUGGUAACCGGGGGCGACCGGACAUCAGUGAGCGGCUUAUCAGCGCUUCUUUGUUUUUGCGUUUUCUCUGUCCGGCCAUCAUGUCGCCUUCUCUGUUCAACUUGACACAGGAGUACCCAGAUGACCGCACGGCACGCACGCUCACUCUUAUCGCCAAGGUUACGCAGAACCUUGCAAACUUCACUAAAUUUGGUAAUAAGGAGGAGUACAUGUCCUUCAUGAAUCAGUUCCUGGAGCAGGAGUGGACUAACAUGCAACGCUUCUUGCUAGAGAUCUCCAACCCGGAGACCAUCUCUAACACGGCAGGCUUUGAGGGGUAUAUCGACCUGGGCCGUGAGCUCUCCACACUGCACUCACUUCUAGCUGAAGUGGUUUCCCAAAUGGACCAGAGUGCCGCCUCCAAGCUUGGCCCAUUACCCAGAAUACUGAGGGACGUUCAUGCAGCGUUAACAAAUCCACAGAACGUACAGACGAGUGCUCCUCCUGAUCGCGUUCCAUCCCCUCCAGAACCAGGAUGCAGCAUCUCCUCUGGAUUACAAAAGAUGGCCAUUGACACUGACCUACCAGGCCCGGGGGACUUCACACGUCUCCCUUCACCCACCCCUGAAAAUAAAGACCUUUUCUUCCUCACACGCUCCUCUGGCCUUCAAGGCUCCCCUGCCCGCAGCUCCAGUUACUCCGAGACCAAUGAACCCGAACUGGGCUUGGCCAACGGUGGCAAGAGUCUCUCCAUGGUAGACCUCCAGGAAACGGCCAGGGCGUUAGAACCCAUCGCCAUCUCAGAACGUUUAGGCGAGGGUACCAUGGUUCCUUGGAAUGCACGGAGCACUCAAGGAAACGCUACGGGUGGUCCCACACUUCACCGGCCAGGACAGACUCCUUCCAUCCCAGGAGCAGAAGGGGCCCCCGGCAGGCCCACUCAGCUUUUGGCCCCUCUGUCUUUUCAGAAUCCAGUGUACCAGAUGGCAGCAGGGUUGCCCGUAUCACCCAGAGGGACGGCGAGCGGCGAUUCUGGGUCAGAAUGUCACAGCUCCGUCAGUUCCCAUAGCAACAACGAGGAGGGGUUUGGCGGAACCAAGCAUACCUUCCUCACCCAGCCGGGCGGGAUGGGGGACGAGUUUGUGAGACGUUCUGGAGAUUUCUCCAGGAGACAGCUAUCGCUGAACGACGGUAACCAGCCCACGCCACCAAGACAGGGCAGCGCUGGUCCUCAGCGGCGGAUCGACCAACCACCACCUCCAAUACAGACUGCUCCGAGAGGCCGAACUCCGCCCACUCUGUUGAACUCCACCCCCUAUCCACGUCCUACUAAUAAUACUAUGAUGACAUCGUCGCCUGAUUGGCCCGGAAGUGGCGCGCGGCUUCGACAGCAGAGUUCGUCCUCCAAGGGCGACAGUCCGGAAACAAAGCAUCGUGCCCAGCAUAAACAAGCGCCGUCCCCCGUGAACCCCAGUGCAUUGGACCGUACGGCUGCCUGGUUGAUGAAUGUGCCAUAUAUAGAGCAGGAGUCUGAGACAGAGCUGGGCAGAGAUGAGCACACACAAGCUGAGAAGUAUCAGACAGAGAUCAGCGUGCUGCAGGACAGACUGCGGUUGUCGGUUCAGAGGCUGGAGGAAUAUGAGGCCCGGUUAAGGAAUCAGGAGGACCAGGCUCAGAAGAUGCUGCUGGAGUACCAGGCCCGACUGGAGGAGUCUGAGGAGAGACUGAGGAGGCAACAGGAUGACAAAGACCUGCAGAUGAAGAGCAUCAUCAGCAGGUUGAUGUCUGUGGAGGAAGAGCUGAAGAAAGAUCAUUCUGACAUGCAGGCAGUGGUUGACUCCAAACAGAAGAUCAUCGAUGCUCAGGAAAAACGGAUAGCAUCACUGGACGCGGCUAACGCUAGGCUAAUGAGUGCCCUGUCACAGCUGAAGGAGCGCUACAGCAUGCAGACGCGCAAUGGAAUCUCUCCCACCAACCCCACCAAGCUGCAGAUCACCGAGAAUGGAGAGUUUCGGAGCAACAGCUCCAACUGCUGAAUGGAGCGUACAGUAAUCCACAGAUAAUGAUAAAGCAAUGAAGUUAGAGGAUAUGGGCAAGUGUGUCGAUAUUUUGUACGUGAAUACUAAAAGGGAAGCGAUGCAGGUGAGACUUUACUCUUGAAAGGAUGCUGAACAUCUUUGAUCUGGUAAACUGACUGUUUGUACCAUGGAGUUCACUUGAGACACCGGCAGAUGAUACUACUGUUCAAGUACUUCAAUUUAGGACGCACCACUUAACAUAAGUUUUGGAAUCAUAGCAGCUAACUGUAAAAUAAAGGUUGAUACUAGGACCGUCUAGCCUGCAGUUUCCCUUUCAAGUUAAUUCACUUGCUACAAUAUAGGUGUUUUCUGUACAACCGCUGAAAACCAUAGAUUUUGUGUGUUAUAUUUAUUUAUAACCAUCUCUUUCCUGGAAACCUUUGGAAACAGCUGAAACUAAAGAACUAGCAACUCUCUUCUACAUGCCAUAUUAUUAGGUCACUCUCUGUUUUUGUUUUUUCCAGGUUGUCCCUACAUAGUGCACUUUGUAUCUCCAUCAUGAGAAGCCUUAAAAAAAGAUGAACGUCUGUGAAUGAUUAUAAUGUACAUAGAUUUUACAAAGAAUAUAUUUUAGGUUCUCCAUCUACAAGUUUUUAUUCAUUUGAGAACGUUUUACCUCAGUUGUUUGCUUUUUCACAUAGACAAAGAUUUUUAAUGGCAAUUAUUUCACUCUGUAAUGUACAGGUAUAUACUAUGUCAAUCCGGGUCCAUUUAAAUUAUGCCAAGACCUCGAAUUAGCACAAAAUGCUCUUACCGAGCAGACUGAAUGUUUUAAGUGAACAAUAGAGUAGAUCUUGUUGUUUUUUUCAUGUUUUUAUCCUAUCCUACAAUGUUUGGGAGACAGUUUUGCGGUGGAUUUCCCCCCAUAAAGCUCGUUGAUUUCA